AUGAUGGAUAAGGCAAAGAAGGCCAAAAAGUUUAUUGAUAAGAGAGUGAAAACGUGUGAGGCCAAGAAUGCUAAGGGUGAAGAGAAGAAUGAUGAAAUGGAAGAUGAGACGCAAAUCAAGGGGAAGAUUUUCCAAUCACAUAAUCAGGAAACAGAUAGCGGGACUAUACACAUCACUGAAAAGGAAGGAGUGGACACUGUGGGUGAAAAAAAAUUUACUUUGAAUGAAGAAAUAAAAGCAUGUAUAGAGAAAAGAAUACCAAAUGUUAGUAGAAAUUUAAAAGUUGAUGUAUAUGUAGCCAUACCAUCUUCCAUUAUAAACAACAGGAGUGAUGUUAUAAAAUCCUACUUGACAAGCUAUUUAGCAAGGAUAUUUACAGUUUUUUCGAUUUCAAAAGUGUAUAUAUAUGAUGAUCAAUGUAUGCUUGAACGUUGUGAGAAAAAGCAGAAAAGUGUAAUCCCAAAUCAGAGUGAUUAUUAUCACAAGACGCAAGAAAAAAACAAAAACUAUCACAUCGAUAGAGGAGGGAUUAAUAACAAUCAAUUGACGGGAAAAAAUUAUUAUACUUGUUCACAUGAAAAAGAAGAAGAAAAAAAAGAAAAAAAUUCUGAAUAUUCCUAUCUGUGUCAGUAUUUACAUUACAAUUUACAGUAUUUAGAAACACCACAAUAUUUAAGAAAACAUCUUUUUCCAAUAACUAAUUUUUUAAAAAAUUCUGGAAUUAUGAAUCCUGUGGAUGCUCCUCAUCAUUUGAGAAGUGAUGAGUGGCUUCCAUUUCGUGAAGGAGUUGUAAUAAAAAAAAAAUUAAAUAGUAUUAUUGUUGAUGUUGGAUUGUUUGCAAAUGCACUAAUAGAUAAUAUAAAUAAUGUAGAUGUCGGUACACGAGUUACAGUUAUGUUUCAUCCAAAUUCGUUCCAAUUAUUUCAAAAGAAAAAUGCAAACAUUUUAUUCUCUGGAAAAUUAAUUAACCCCAUAACACCAAAAUUGUAUGACCUGUAUUGGGGAUAUUCUGUUGAACUCCUAAAAAGACUCAGUGACAUUUUUGCUCUACGUGUGGAUUGCAUUGUAGGCACCUCCGAGCGAGGAAAGUUCUUGGGCGAUGUGACUUCUUCCCUUAAGAGUGCCAGCUCCAUACUUAUCGUGUUCGGAAACAAGCAAGGGCUAGAGGAUCUGUUCAUCAAGGAACGGGAGGAAGAGAAAAAUAAAAACUACAGUGCAGAAAAGAAAACCAAAAUUUUAAACAAAGUGUUAAAAAAGUUCCACAUGUUCAUUAAUACAUGCCCAUACCAAACUUCCAGGACAAUACGAACCGAGGAGGCCAUAGCUAUAACGUUAUCUUUGUUUCACCAUAUUCUUACAUAG